GGCUUCUUCCUUUGCAUCAUGGCCUUUGACAGGUACCUUGCCAUCUGUCAUCCUCUACAUUACCCACGCAUCAUGACUAAACAGCUGUACACUGGCCUUGUCAUCUUCAGAUGGUCGGGUGGGCUCAUCCUCUCCCUAACCCCAGUUGUUCUCACUUCACAGUUGCCCUUCUGUGGCCCAAAUACCAUCAACCAUUUUUUGUGUGAUCCUGUCCCACUGAUGACGCAGUCUUGUUCUGAAGACACCAUAACUCAGCUCAUUUAUUCUACUUUCAAUGCUAUUUUCAUGAUUGGCACCUUCCUCUUUAUUCUUUGCUCCUAUGCUCUGGUGAUUCUGACUGUGCUAUGGAUGCCCUCAUGCGCUGGAAAAUACAAGGCUUUCACCACGUGUGCUUCUCAUUUGGCUGUUGUCAUCCUGUUUUAUGGCUCCAUUAUGGUGAUGUAUAUUAGUCCUGGAUCAGGACACCCAGUGAAAAUUCAAAAAUUCAUUACCUUAUUUUAUUCUGUGAUAACACCCCUCUGCAAUUCUCUAAUAUAUAGCCUCAGGAACAAGGAGAUGAAGACUGCUCUGAGGAAUAUCUUUGGGACUGAACACGGUGUUCAUAAAAUGUAA